GCCUCGGUUUAAAAUUCUUCACGUUGGUUAGCUUUAGCUUUUAACACGGAUGUCUUGUAGGGUUUUAAAUUGUUUUGGUGUGUAAGUCAUUAUUACUUUUAUAGACAUUUUAAAUAAUUAGUUUUGAUAGUUAGACGUUAUUUUUGACUGAAAUAUGGAUGACGACACCCACAAGCUAUUUGAUAAAGUUGCCAAAAACAUGGGAUGGAUGGAAAUCGGACUGGAUGUAGCCGUAGAAAAUUUGCGGCGUUGUGUUGGGAAGAGCCGACAUCUCGGGACAAGUUAUGCUAAGAAUGGUUCCUCUGGCGCGUCUGGAAGUGAUGGAGAUGCUGACAAAGAAAAUCUGCCUUUUGAAAGCAAAGACUACCGUGUAAAGUCAUUGAACGACUCGACUGAUGACGAGUUUGAUCAGUUUCUUAAAAAAAUGGCCACGCCAAAAACAAAAACCCAGACCCCAUCCCAAAAACCUGUACCUGUCUCAAAGAAAGAGAGUCUUUUGUUUUGUUACAGCAUUGUUGUUGUGAGUUCAGACAGUGAUGGCUCAUUUGAGACAUUUCUCUCACGAGUAAAGACUCCUAAUGUUAAGCCUAGGACCAUUAAGAAGAGUGACGGUGAAAACAGCCUUAAAAACUUCAUAGUGAAUGACAGCUCUUCAGAUGAUGACUUUAUUGACCCAAAAUCAAUUAGAGUGCCAAAGAAAAUGCACACUCCAUCUCAGGCUCUAUUGAGAAGACCACUUUCGCAGUGCGAGUCUCCUGUUUUUAUCAGUGACAGUGAUGAUGAUGAGGAUAAUAUUGUUAUAAAGAGCACAUGGAAAACUCGCUAUAAGAGGCUUCAACCAUCAAACAAGGAAAAUAGCACAACAUUGCAAGGAGAUGGUGACUGUUCACCUUCCGUGGCAGCUAAACCUUCUCCCUUGUCAUUUUUUUCCAGUAAAGUAGUGAACUCACUGGCGUCUGAAGUUUAUAGUAGUGUCCCUAAGCAAACAUUUUCAGCACCUUCCAGACUUGCUGAAUCAUCAAGUUCUGAAGAGGAGUUUACCUCACUUUUAGACAGACUUAAAAAGAAAAAUAAAUUGCCUGGUGGUACCCCUUCACCUGCCCCCAGAAAAGAGCUAAAGACACCUAUUGCAACCCCCAAUCCUGUAAAUGGACCAAAGUCAUCAAAAUCUAAAUUGAUAGAUGACAUAGCUCUCAAUUGUAUCACCCCAAGUAAAAACAUAAUUGUUAAACCAACUGUUAGCCAAACAGAGCCUCGGCAUGGGCCCAGCAGCAGGGUUGCUUUGUGUAAAACUCCUGGCUGCUUUUUGGAAACACUCUCAAACCCCGGGACUACUUAUGGCCACAAUUUUAAGCAAAACAAGGAAGAACUCACAAGUAGAUUAUUUAAACUCUAUAAUGCCAGUGUGUUUGAUGGAAAGCUUCCAGCAAGCAUGCCAGUUACAUGGAAUAAGAAGAUGCGCAAAACUGCAGGUUACUGUAUCACAGGACAGGAACGAGGAGGUGGAAACCGCUAUGCCCGCAUUGAACUAUCAGAGAAAGUCUGUGACUCUGCAGACCGUUUGCGAGACACUCUGAUCCAUGAGAUGUGUCAUGCGGCUACAUGGCUGAUAAAUGGAGUCCGAGAUGGCCAUGGAAACUUCUGGAAGCUGUAUGCCCGCAAGUCCACAGUGAUACACCCUGAACUGCCGAUGGUCACCCGCUGCCACAGUUAUGACAUCAAGUACAAGUUUCAGUACCAGUGCACACGCUGUCAGAAUACGAUUGGGCGCCAUUCAAAAUCACUUGACACAGAAAGGUUUGUGUGUGCCCUCUGCACGGGAAAACUGGUGUUGCUUAACCCCUCGAAACCACGGACUCCAACACCUUUUGCUAACUUUGUCAAAGAGAACUAUGGAGCUGUGCGACAGGAGUUGGUAGGACAAAGCCAUGCCGAGGUGAUGCGUAAAUUAAGUGCCGACUUUGCCUUGAAAACGAAGCUCAGUCAAAGCUGAGGUAAAACUCUCUUGGCUACAAUUAAUGUGAUGAAAUAUCUGUAGAUGUGGCAGCUAAUUCAAAUGUAUAUAUUAUAGCAUAUUCUGAUAACUGCCAAAUCUGAGCCAUGUAUUUGAUUAUUGUUCUGUUGCUGUUUGUAUUGUAUGAAAUUAAUUUUUAUUGCUGUUAGUCCUAUUUCAUACAGAAUAAAUAUUAUAGUUUUAUUAAAAAUUGUUUCAAUUGCAAACUAAAAAAGAAGUGCAAAUUGUUUUGAUAUAAUUUAUGAUUUGCUUAGACUACUUGAUCGUGCUAAUCCCCUGCAGUUAU